UGCCGCCUAGCCCCAGUCCUGGCCAUGGGGUGCGGGCUCAGGAAGCUCGGGGACCCUGAGGACAGCAGCCCUGGGAAAAUCUUCUCCACCCUCAAGAGACCGCAAGUGGAAACAAAGACGGACUUGGCUUACGAGUACGUGCUGCUGAACUUCACUCUGCGAGCCCCGUCAAGCCCGGAGAUGAUCAGGAUCAACUCGGUCGUGGACAUAGCAGCCGAAGUGGAGGACUAUUACCUCCAGGGCUACGUGCUGGGGGCCCUGCACCCCAUCCUGCACCCCGCGGGCUCGCGGGGACCCCUGCCGGCGAGUCACCUGUACCGCGCGGUGCUGCUGCGGCCCAAAGCCAGCCCCAAGUGCCUGGCAGCGCCCAGCUCACAGAGGCGCCCGCGGCUGGUCAUCGAGGAGUGUCCCGUCCCGGGGGACGCGCAGGCCAGCGACAUCGCCAGGGAGCUGACGCAGAAGAUCAACGCGGCCGCCCGGAGAGGAAUGAGGUUCGUGGGCUUCACCCCGCAGCUCCACACCUCGCCCCCAUGCUGCAACGGGGCCAGGCGGGACUCGGGUGCGGAGCCGGAGGACAGCUGGCCGGGCAGCGGGCUGGCGUCAGAAGGUGGCACUGGAGAACAGUCCCGUCAGGAGGGCGACGGCAGCCCCGGCCCCUCCACAAGGAAGGGAGAAGAGAGCAGGCUGUAUGCGGUCUUCAAUGCCUUCGAGGACGCCGAGGCCUGCUGGAGCUACCAGGAGGGCGUGAUGUCACUGAAGGUGACGAGGAAGGGCGCUGUCCUCAGCACGCUGGAUGCCGACUGGCUGGAGCUGACCACGUUUUAUUACAAGCAAGGCUUGUCCUUGAUCGACUCCUUCGUGUGCUGGGAUUCCCCGAAGGGGGACCACUUGCCGAAAUCUCUGGAGGGAUUUUUUAUCUACGAGGAGGAAGGCUCUGGGCUUCCGGGUUCUCCCAGGAAAGGGAAGGACGCCAUCGUGGUAGAGCAGUGGACGAUCAUCGAGGGCACUGCCAUCAAGGCGGACUACGGCCCCCUGCUGCACACCCUGGCUGAGUUCGGAUGGCUGCUGACCAACGUGCUGCCCACACCGGUGCUGAGGCGCGACAGGGAGGGGAACCUGGCCACGAAGCAGGUCGUCUUCCUGCAGAGGUCGGCGCUGCCAGGCGUAGCGGCUCGGACCCCGGAGAGGAGCGGCAGCCGGCUCGCGCGGAUAGAGGACCAGAGCGAGGCGAGCAGCAGGAGCCCUGGCCCAGAACGACCGCAGGAGGCCAGGCCCCCCGCCCAGGGCGGCCUCCCGUCCCUGUCCCCAUCCCCCGAGGGCUGGGCCAAGGAGGGGAGCCCGGCCCGGGGCAACAGCGCCCUCCGGCAGCUGGACGACGGGCAGUGUGACCCAGAGGACGGCCUGACGCAGGUCACCUGCAUGUGAGCCCCGCGGCUCUGGCCUCGUCUGCGUGACCUGGGCACAGGCUCCCGGUCCACACCUGUGACUAAACAUCUGUGUGAGCAGGUGCCCGCUAGUGUCUGAGCAAUAGCCUCCUUCAGUUCUCAUGAAUGUAUGAAAUCCGCUUGCCUUCUCCCUGUUAAAGACUGCAGGCCCCAGCCUGAACUUUCCCAGCAGAUUCACCCAGCUAGAGGUGCUCGGGAAGUGAUCUGACUGCAGCGAAAAAGUAAUGUUCUUAAUCACCCCACACACAGCCACGAAAGAAAGUAACUAUUCCCUGAAUAUAACAACCCAGACUUUGUCUUUGAUGAUGGCAUGCCCUUCCUUAUUAAACCUUCUUCCAGCCAAACUCUUUUCUGUAUCUUUGUCUCUAAGGGUGGCCGUUACCAACCCGAUGCUGACACGUGUGCCUCUGGGUUACUCUGAUGCCCCAGAAAACCUCAUAGCAGCACUUGGAAAGCAGGACAGCAGGCGUGUCGCACAUGUGGAUAGAAAAGUUUCAAAAGGGCUGGGGAUGAGCUCUGUGCCAAAGCCCUGGCUUGGAUCCCCAGGACCACAAACAUAACACAAAACCACACAACACAAGAGCACCCACAACCCCUGACAGACACGUAAACACUCUGAUCAACAGGAAGAUUUGAUUUUCUCUCUUUUAAACUGUAAAUACUACAAAGAGGGAAAACAUCUCCACCUCAGUGGAAACAUAAGUCUUCUCUGUCUGGAUGUAAGUCAGGCCUCUCUGUGGACUUGAGUUCCAGUCCCGUGGGAGGAGAGGUGCUGGCAGUGCUGUGGGUGGUGACAACUGCCCCACAGCGCUGUCUCCCGGUUCCAUCUGCAGACGUCGGCCUGGCCUCAGUCUACCGGGAGGCGUCAGCAUCCUUUCCUGUGCGUGCGAGAGGCUGCUCCGCCUGGGGACCCUUCGAGAGAGCAACACCUGCUUUGCAGGGAUGCAUUCUCUCGUGUAUUUUUAUUAGCAUUG